AAAUGAGAAAGUAAUACAUGAUUGAAUGAUUCUAAGAAUAUUCUAAGUAGUCAAUAAAAUGCUAUUGUAAAAUAGCUAGUAAAUGUAUAUGCCAGGCUUCAGUGAUGUUCUUCUUUUUGGUAAGGAUUCUCCCUUUAAGCAAAGCUUUUGUGAAUAGUUCUUGAACUGCUUUCUGGGAGGAGAAGGGUGUCUGUAGGAUGCUCCCACCUGAAGAGGCCAGGGAGCCUGGCUCCUUUGACUGGAGGUUGCUAGGCAACCAGAGGAGCUUUCAAACAAGCCUCAGUGUUCCUGCCUGGCCUGCUGCCAUCCCCAAACAGAUUCGAAGCCAGAGCAAAGCCUCCGGGUCUGGGCUCUGUGAAGGGGAUGAAGUGGUUUCCAUCAAUGGCAACCCUUGUGCAGACCUCACCUACCCUGAAGUCAUCAAACUCAUGGAGAGUGUAACGGACUCUCUACAGAUGCUUGUCAAAAGACCAUCCAGUGGGAUUAGUGAGACUGUGAUCUCUGAAACAGAACACCAAAACCAUGAGCAUCUCACCCAGGAGGGAUACGUGCAAAGUACCACCCUGCAGAUCCGACCAGCCCCACCGAGCCAGUGCAGAGAGUUGUACAUCACCCCUGCCCACAGCAGAGCUUCCUUAGCUGAGGACCAAGGAAGUCGCCCCGCUUGCUCAGGAAACAAAAAAGAAGAAAUGGGCCUGAGCUGCCAUGUAGACCCCCACAUGCCCGACUCUCAAAGAGGAUGCUUAGCGGAGGAGAUUCUCUUAAGGGAGAAGGCAGAAGCUGGACAGCUGGGCCCUGUGAUCGAGCUCCAGCUGUCCCUUUCACAGGAGAGGCACCAGCGCCCUAGUGUCCCGGUUGUAGCCCUCCUAGGAGCUGAAAAAUCUAAGCCUCCUGCCCCAGACCCUGACUUACAACACGAUGGAAUUGCCCACCUAAAUUCAAUCCCUGCCCAUGAGCCAGAGGACCCUUCUCUGAAGUCCAGCAAGAUAAUCCAGCUCUCCAGAGGCACAGGGCUGAGAGUCAUCCAGGGGAGUGAAGCAGGAGACGCAGGGCAGCCCCACGUGGAAGUGAUCCUCGACUGCUCUGACAGGCAGAAGACAGAAGGGUGCAGGCUGCCGGCAGCAAGGGGGUGUGUGGAUUCUCCAGUGGAAGGAGGGCAGUCAGAAGCACCUCCUUCUCUGGUAUCCUUUGCAGUCUCAUCAGAAGGCACUGAGCAGGGAGAAGAUCCACGCUCAGAAAGGGAUCACAGCAGACCUCACAAGCACAGAGCACGCCACGCACGGCUCAGGAGGAGUGAAAGCCUAUCAGAGAAGCAGGUGAAAGAAGCAAAAUCUAAAUGCAAAAGCAUUGCCCUCCUUCUAACAGAUGCCCCCAAUCCCAACUCCAAGGGGGUGUUGAUGUUUAAGAAGCGCCGGAAGAGGGCCAAGAAAUACACCCUCAUCAGCUACGGGACUGGCGAGCUUGAGCGAGAGGCAGACGAACAGGAGGAGGAAGGCGACAGGGAGGACACAAGUGAAGCAGCAUUUCUUGGCGCCAGCGAAUCCGAGGUGGAUGAAGAGUUACUGUCUGACAUUGACGACACGACCCAAGCUGUGAACUUCGACUGGGAUUCUGGACUAGUGGACAUUGAAAAGAAAACGAACAGAGGCGACAAGAUGGAGAUGUUGCCAGACACCACAGGCAAAGGGGCCCUCAUGUUUGCCAAGAGGAGGGAGAGGAUGGAUCAGAUCACGGCCCAAAAAGAGGAGGAAAGUGUGGGUGGAAUUUCAGGCAGAGAACCGGACGCUGCCCAUACAGAUGGCCUGAGUACCCUGACGUCUUACCAGAGGAAGGAACAAGAGUCUGUGAGUAUGCAGAGCUCUGUGAACAGAAGCUACAUGCACAUGAACCAGGGCCUGGGUCACCUGCCCCAACAGAACGGCUUCAGCGGGAUGUCUGAGACAGCAGAAGCCCAGCGGAUGACCCCUAUGAACAGAACGGCCAAGCCCUUCCCCGGGUCUGUGAACCAGCCAGCAGCCCCCUUCUCCCCAACCCGCAGUGUGACAAGUCCCACGGCAGACUUUCCUGCGCCUCCGCCAUACUCUGCGGUCACCCCUCCACCCGAAGCCUUCUCCAGAGCUGUGCCGAGUCCCAUCGCAGGCCCAGCCCUGCCGCCCCCCUGGCCCCAGCCUGCCCCAUGGUCCCAGCCAGCCUUUUACGAUUCAUCUGAACGCAUAGCUUCCCGGGACGAAAGGAUCGCGGUUCCAGCAAAAAAAACAGGAAUCUUGCAGGAGGCCAAAAGAAGAAGCACGACGAAACCCAUGUUCACCUUUAAAGAGCCCAAAGUGAGCCCCAAUCCUGAACUCUUGUCACUUCUUCAAAAUUCAGAAGGCAAACGCAGCACCGGAGCUGGAGGCGAUUCCGGUCCUGAAGAGGACUACCUCAGUUUGGGAGCUGAGGCUUGCAAUUUUAUGCAGAGUGCCUCCGCUAAACAAAAGACCCCACCUCCUGUCGCUCCGAAACCUGCCAUCAAGUCUUCCUCCCAGCCCGUCACUCCAGUUUCUCCAGCCUGGUCGCCAGGGGUGGCUCCCACCCAGCCGCCUGCCUUCCCCACGCCCACCCUUUCCCAGGGCGUCGUGGUCUCCUCCAUCAAGGUAGCCCAGCCUUCUUACCCUGCUCGGCCCGCCAGUGUCCAGAACGUGGCUGGUCCCUUCAAAGGACCGCAGGUGGCAGUAGCCAGUCAGAAUUACUUACCCAAGCCGAACCCUCCCGCAACCAUAGUAAACACUGCACACGCCAGUGCGGCGGGACCAUCCACGGAGCUUCCAGGAAUGAGUGGGAGGGGAGCCCAGCUCUUUGCGAAAAGGCAGUCGAGGAUGGAGAAAUACGUGGUAGAUUCGGAAACGGUACAGGCGCACGCUGCUCGCUCCCAGUCUCCCACUCCAUCUCUCCCUGCGAGUUGGAAGUACUCCUCCAAUGUCCGAGCUCCGCCUCCCAUCGCCUACAAUCCCAUCCACUCCCCCUCCUACCCACUGGCCGCCAUCAAGUCUCAGCCCUCGGCCCCACAGGCCUCCAAAACGAGCAAGAAGAAGGGCAAGAAACCCCUCAAUGCUUUGGACGUCAUGAAGCACCAGCCUUAUCAGCUCAAUGCGUCCUUGUUUACUUUCCAGCCUCCAGAUGCAAAGGAUAGCCUCCCCCAAAAGGCGUCAGUCAAGGUCAAUUCAGUGCCAGCCAUGAAACAAGCUCUCCCUCCCCGGCCAGUGAGUGCUGGCUCGCCCAUCACCGCGCAGGCCUCCUCCGUAUACUCCGUCCCAGCCUAUAGUUCUCAGCCUGCCUUCUAUGCAGAGGCCACCUCCCCAGUCAGCGCAUCCCCAGUGCCAGCGGCCCUUUCCACCCCUCCAAAGCAAGAAUCAGCCUCAACAUCCUAUUUUGUGGCACCCAGGCCGAAGUUCUCAGCCAAGAAAAGUGGUGUCACAGUUCAGGAAUGUUGUGCUACAGUGAGUAUGCACAUAGAGAUUCUAGGAAGAGAGGUGCUGUGUGGAUAGAAACAGCAUAUUCCUCUCAGUCCUAUAGGAGGAAGGACUGAGUCACAGAACUGGUAAGAUUGGGAAUCAGAAUAUUGUCACAUUUAUCUUAGAGCAUUUACAGUUUUAUUUCUAAUGUUUCAAAAAUAGACACAUUCUGUUGUAAGAAGGAAAACAUGCUUUCUUCAUCCUGACUUGCUGUUGAUAAUAUAAGGCAGGCAUUUUUUAGGGAGAUGUUUUGUGAGACACGCUUGGCUGACCAGCCUGAUGAGUGUGUAUAAAUGAUUGAGCAACAACAUAUAUCUAGCAUAUUAAUAAUAGCGUGCAUCUCAUUUAAUCCUCAUAAGAAGCAACUCGUUUUAACUGAGGAAAACUGAAAAAUGAGUUACAAAUAGUUCUUUGAAGUAAGCCCGUUUUCUUCACUGUUCUGGAGCUGCCAGCUCCUUUCAAGAAGUGGGUUCUGAAGACAGCUUGGUGACAUCGCUGUCAUUGGCAGGAAGUCUAACCUGGCAGCAAGAGACACACCUGAGAAAUAGAAAACAAAUGAUUUGCAUCCACAGGGGUAUACUAACAUGUGGGGCUGUUGUCCUAUUUAAAGUUCUGGGUUAAAGAACACACACGGUCAUUUUGCUGCCGACUGGCAUUUCAAAAUCUUGGCUCUGUCUUUUCUAGUGAUGGCUCUUGGAGAAGACGCUUGACAGUGUCUGAGUUUGAAUUUAAUCUUUUGAACAAAAGCUCCUUGCUGGGUAUCAUUUCAUCCACUUAUAAAUUAGAGAAGCUUCCAGUACCCACAUUCUAAGGGUGAGUUCCUGAAACCUGUUUCUGUUUCAUGAGUCACCACUGGCUCAGCAGGAAGAGUAUUUGAAGUCGUGGCCAUCAAACAGAAGUGAUUGUUUUCAGAAAAGCUACACGCUUAGAAUCCUUCCAGAGGGACAUGGUGGGCUGUGUUCUUGCUCUGUCCAAAGAUCAGAGUCACUGAGUUUGUUUUAAAAAGUGCUAUGGGUUCAUGAGAAAUAUUUGUAUAUUCUAAGAACCCACAUGAUAUUCCCAGAAAUGUUGACCCUUGCUGGGUCUCAUGUCCCCUUAUCACUGGACCCUGGGGGACACAAAGACUCAUGUAACACUUCAACACUGCUGAGUUCAUCAACAAGUAUUCUGGGAAAAGGCAGAAUUGAAUUCUUCUGUAGAUUUUCCCCCAGGGUUGGCUGAGGCCCGAAGCAAACUAGCAAAUUCCCAUCGGACCUAAACACCCUACAAAACUGCUCAGAGCCUGUCUCUGAUCUCCAUGAUUUUUUUUUUUAAGUGGAGCAUCAGACCAAUAAAAAAUAUUCUUUGGGAGGAGCCCAAAACCAAAACUCUCCUUUCCUUGAUAUUAUCAGGUGUAGUCAAUUUUUCAGAUUUUGACAGAUGAAUACAUUUCUAUGAUAGGUGUGUGUAUACUACCGUUUGGACUUGGAAAUCAUAGAACUUACUACUCAAAGGCAAUUAAUACAAAGAGAUUUAAUUUAAAAAGUGCUAACUCCUGUCAGACACUUCUCCAAUUCCAGAUUUUAUCGAAGGGCUGCCAGCUAAUAAAGUAAAUCUCGAGCAUGAAGAGAGAAAUUUAGGCUUCUAUAGGUUCCUAUAACUUGAAUAAUUUUUGGUUGUUGAUCCAUAAACUUUUAAAGUUUUUUUCUUUUUGAUUCCAAAUGUAAAACUCAUGUAAACCUCUUUUUUACAUGUUUCUCACAAUUAUGUGUGUUUAAACUGGUGAAAUAUACCUUCAAGGUCCCUAAUAAAAAUAAUCACAAGGACCUACUUUCCUGCCUGCUUUCCUUCCUCAGCUUGAUAAUAAUACUCUAAAUAAUAAUAAUACUCAGAUGUACCAAGGAGGAAUCCUGCCAUCACAGACCCUACUUCUUGAGCGUCUGUUACUAAUUUUGUUGGUGGGGGAAAAAAUUAUCAAAGGCUGUAACUGGCUCUGAGUUGAAAAGAAAUACACAUACUAGAAAAAGUGUUCUUCAAAGUAACUACCAAAAUGCAAAGUGUUGUACUUUUGCUUCAGGAGACAUUGUUGAAGUCUGGGGAAUCUUUGAUACCUUGGUUUGGUGGAAUGCUCUGUCCUCAAACCCACCUGGAGGCUGAGUCAGGCGUAAAGGUGGGGAUGGAGAAAGCCGUGGCUGCCAUUCAGAUCACCUGGUGAGACCUGAGACAAGGCAGGCCUGAGACAAGGGUAGGGCCUGAUGUAGUAUGUCUCUGCUCUGUCCACGAACUGUGUUACGUGAGCGCUAACAACAGCAACCAGUACCUGAACACAAACUUUGCGCCCUCAGUGGUGUCCAGUACCUUUCAUAAGUUAGCUCUUUCAAUCAGUGAUGAUCCUUGUGAGACAGAUACCAGUAGCGUUCUCCACAAACAGAUAAUAGGUAGGGCACAAGAGGCUGAAUAACCUGCCCAAGAAGGUACAGCGUGAGGCGGUAGACCCUGGAAUCAGUCUGAACACACACUUUCAGCCAAUUACACAGAGAUUCCACUUACUCUGUAGGACUGCCUGAGAGGGAAGGUGGUUAUUUCCAUUUUACAGAGGAGGCAGCGGAAGCCCAGAGAAACUAACCAAGUGUCCAGUGACCACUGCCCUCUGAGGUGCAGGCUAGGGUAGACCUAGCUGUUGGUCUGACAUUCCACGCUGGACUCGCCCUAAGACUCCACAUAGUAUCUCAUUAAACCCCUGGGUCCCCCUGCCUGAGACCUAGUCUCUGUGUAUCCACCAAAGUGAUUCACUGAGGAAGCGAAUGUGGCUUUGGCCACAUUGUAUAACUUUAGGGAGGACCCCACUAGUUUCAUAAGAUGGCUCAUGAAGUCGGAGGCUAAUCUAUAAGUUGGAAGUGAAAACCAGUCUCUGAGAAAGAAGCAUUUAUUUUAUAAGUAAAACAGAUGGACUUGACAGGACAGUGAUUUUUAUUUUCUUUUUUCAUGAUGACUAGGUGAUACUCAUGGGCCUGGAAUGGACAGGAAUGUAAAAAAAAAUAAAGCCAAACCAGAAUCUUCACACAAAAUAAAAACUCUCCUUGGCCUUAUGCCAUUCUGACAGGAUAUAAUUCAUGGACCUUUUUUACUGCGCAGUGAAUCAGCUUGCAAUUUGGCUUGCUGCUAAACCAAUAACUUGAAACACUUUAAUAAGAAUAAUUCUAAAUAGAAUAAUGCUGAGCGAAGUACAAUUUUUCAGUAUUUCAAAAAACUGCUCUCUAAAAAACAGUUGUCACUGGAAUUUUAGCAUUCUAAAAUUUAGCAUUCUGGAAGUUUCUCCCAGAGGAGGGAGAAACUCAUUCCCUCCUGUUUGAGGCAGCAAACCUUUCCUGCUGCAAUGUCCUCAAGGGAAGGUUUCUCCACAGCUAUUUCUGUAUUUCUGUCAGAGUGUCAGCAGGGACAUUUUACACCUUAAUGUUUUGGUUUUUGGUUUUUUUUUUCCACUAGGUUUUUUUGUUUUGUUUUUUUUUUCCCUCUUAAACUAUGUCUCAUUGUUAUUUUGAAAGCCUCUCCUGAGGAAUCUCUCUAAUGGAUUCUAAACAUGGGUUUGAACAUUCCCAUCACUAGCUUAAAGGAGAGAGAACAUGAAGUUCCAAGUGAACUGUGGUUGCCAGUUGUUAUAUUUGCAGGGAGUUACGGCCUUAGUGGUAGUACAGCCACUAUGAAGGCGACUACCAUGAGGGCUUCCUAUAUGCUAGGUGCUGGGGAAAAGCCUAACAAAGAUUACAAAUAUUAACUUUUUCGGUCAUCACAACAUGACUGAAGCAUGAAGCAGGUCCUAUUAUCCUUCCACUUUACAGAUGGGAAAACUGAGGUUCCAAAAUAUUAAGCAAUUUGUCCAAAGUGGUGAGGCCAAGACUGAACAGUCAAACUCCAGAACCGUUCUUUAAUCUCAAAGUCACUUAAUCUGAUCCCAAGAAGACAAAGGUCACAGUGAAAGAAUUGUUCCUCAGAGUGGAUAAGCUUAACAACUCUCAGAAACAAUUCAGAAGUUACCUUAAACCGUACACAAAUUAAAGUAAGAAAUACUGAAGGACCUUAGUGUUUCACAAGCAAAAGACACUUGUAAAUAAGUACAAGUGGGGGAAAACUUUUUUUUUUUCUUCCAUUGGCCUAUUUGCUUAUAACUCAGUGGUAGGGGAAAGAUAACAUUUUACUCAUUACUAAUUAUGCACAAAAACAAGUGCAAAACCUACUUUCAGCCAACUAGCUGUGCUCAUUUUACACCAGGAAAAGGAGUGAUGGAAAGUCCUCAAAUUUUAGCAACAAAUGUGGGAGGAAAAAUGGCCUCCCACAUUUUUAAUAAUUAAAAAAGCCAAUCAUUUCUUAAAUGAAACCCACACAUGUCUAGGUGAGUAAUGCAGCAAAUGCUGAGGGUACACAGUCACAUUUUGUGCUGGUGAAGAGUGUGGACUCUGGCUACAUUGCCUGCAUCUGAAUCCCAAGACUGCCUCUUCUGGUGGGACACUUUAGACACAAUGCAGCCUCUGUGCCUCAGUCCCCCCAGCUGUGAAAUGGAGACAAUAAGAGGUGUAACCUCCCAAGCUGUUGUGAAGACUAAAUGAGUCAACGUGUGUUGUGUGUACAGAGGAGUAUUUGGGAUGUGGAAAGCAUUCCAUGCCUUAGCUAUUAUCACUAUUGUAAAGGGCAUUCAGAAAACAAUAGCUACUAUUUCAAGGGGAAAAACACCCACUUAACAAACAGGAUUUUUGUGUGCUGUCUGCUGAUGUCAGUCCUAGUUUGAGAAAACUAAUGCAACUAAAAUAGGAAAAUCAGAAGCAGGGUCUGCAUAAAUCUUAUCGUGCCAUGAGGAAUCUAUUCCCAGGAGUCUUUUAGAAAUAUUUGUUUCUUCUCUAGUAUUUAGUAUCUUACUGAAGCUUUAUAUAUUCCUCUGCAUUUGACUUCAUCAAAUUUUCUUGUGGAUAUUGUGUUGGUGGUGGUGUCUCACAAAAAUGAGACAGGACUGAAAAAGACUGGCCCUACGAUUUAAACAAUAACAACAAAAAGGAACCAUAGCUUUGAGCUUCUAUAAAGAAACUGUGUUCAAUAUGAAAUAGAUAAGGGUGAUAACUGUGUUCAAUAUGAAAUAGAUUAGGGUGAUAUGCUUAAUAAUCUAAAGAGAACUCUUACUCAGGGGAUGUUUAUAAAUUUAAAUAUAUCCUCCAGUAGAAUAGUUGCUGUCUUGAGAAAGGUUUUAAUGGGCAGACUGCAGCGUAAAGAGGCCUGCUGCACAGAAAGUAGAGCAGUUGGCACCCCUGUGCCCCAGGCUCCCCCAUGCAGCCUGCAGCACUGGGGCUCUGACAGGGCCUGGCUGACCUCUGCAGGCACAGCGGGCAGCUGUCCUCCCUCCUCCCCAGCACUGUCCCAGGACAAAGGGUCAGCAACCUGGCCUUUUUAGAGUAAUUGAUCCCCUCGCCUGAGAAGCAUGAUCAGUUUCCAAAAACAGGAAGAGUGAAACCUUGGUCUGAACAGAACAAGCUCCCAGGGCAAGUUGUGAAAAUAGUUCUCAGAAGUUGAGUGACUGAUGUGGGGUGGGGGAGACAUAAAAUUCCAGCUACCUUUCAUGCUGCCCAGGGAGUUUUCGUGGGUGUUCUGAUACUUCUAGAAUCCUCCUGAGUCAGAAGCAGAAGUUUUGACUGAUCUUAAAGAGGAAAAAUGUCAGGUUAAGCUGAGAUUCUGAAAAUGUUAUCUGAGUCCAACAUUGCUUUGGUUUUAAAUGCAGUUAAAUUGAUUUAGUUUAGUCUUUCUUUUGUGCCAUUUACUUACAUUUUUCUUUAAAAAAAUAAUAAGCAAUCAUACUUGUUAGUUCUUUCUUUAGUUAUAUCUCAGAUGGAUAAAGAAAUGAUUACAAAACUAAAAAUCACUGCUGAAUAGGCUAAACUAAUAUAAAUAACAUGUCUUACCAAUUCUUCCACAAUUAGGAUUUUUUUAAGUCACACUGGGCCACUGGAUUACUUGAUAAUGCUUAUCAAGUGGUGCCAAUCAUAAUUCUUAAUAUAAACUAAAUAUGGGCUAAAUGGAUUGUGAAUCCUGCCUUAGUAAAUAUCCAGUGAAAUGUUAUGACAUCAUGGGUGAUAGUCUUGAAAUAAAGAGCAAAGCCAAAUAUAUAACUUAGAACGUAAUGAUUUUAAUUUUACACUUCAAUUCACCAACUAAAAAGGAUUUCCUUUAUAUAUAGUGCUUUUGUUUAGCAACAACUUCCUUCAUCACCUUCCCACACAGUUUUCCAACAGUGGUUCCCAGGAGCAAAUGAAAACCCCGCUUAACCCCACCUUUGGAAUUUUGAUUUACUAGGUCUGGGUGCAACCCAGGAAUUAUUUUUGUAAUAUACACCCUCAGGAUUCUGAUGCUAAGGCUGUGAACCACACUUUGGAAGAACACUAUGCUAACAAACAAAGCACUUAAAUCAGCUUUAUUUUUUAAAGUCCAUGUAGUUUUCCUGUCCACGCAGUCAGCGGCAGCCAGACUUGUAAACUGCACCUGCCUUCCAAUGUGCGCUUGCCCCGACCCAAGUGGAAUCAACAGGCACUGAAGCCCCAUCUUGCCGACUUUUCCCCCAAAUGCCCAGCAGAGGGUAGCAAACUCUCUUCUCCAUUAGAAAAUGCACAGCAGCCAUUCCAAAGCUUGCUGCCUGUAAUUUGCUUUGAAUGUUUUUUUUUUUUUACUUUUAAAUAAAAGAAUAAAGAAGCCUUAAACUUUGAUAUUAUCUGACCCCCUGCUUCUAAUCAAGACUGAGAAUAAAUAUUUCUAGGAAUAGCAUGAUACAAUUUUAUCAUGUAAUGAAGGGAAUUAUCCAUCUUUCCUGGGCUGCUUUUUCUUACCUCUGGGGAAAGGGGUUGUAUGACUACCCUUGGCAGUAGGGCUGGAGAAUGUUGUUAUCUCCAAUGUCCUACUAAUAACUAACUUAAAUCUUUCUGGCAGGUAUCAAAACAUUCUUAUUUUGAGAUCUAGGCUAAAGGAGAAUUUUGAAGUACUUUGAAUGCUAAUCAGUUUUUUUGGUUUUAAUGAAAACAAUACGAUUGUGAAAUUUUCAACACUACAGAGAAAUUAGGGAUUCCCGGGAAAGAUCCCAAUGUUUUUGUUUAAUUUUAACAUUAAGAUGAACAAAGAGCAUGGUGGAUUGACAAAAUUCAAGACCAGGAGAUGCUGCUUUUUAGAAGCAGGAGCUGGACAAAGGAACAGGUAGACCUGCUGAGUAGCUGCUUUGAUCCCAGCAAGGGUAUUGUUUGCAGACCUUUGACGCACUCCAGUUUAUUUCUAAAACAAAAAGGAGGGUAAAGUGCCUGGAAGUUCUGUAAUAUGAGAUAUAUGUUUGUGCCUUUACCACUGGGAGGAGAAAGACAAAUAGAAGAUAGGAGUGCUGGAUAUUUGAGGAACUGUGAUGUGGGUAAGAGAGUAAAGGUCUCUUUUGGAGAAGAAAGAAAAAAGACCAAAUGAAUGCAAGAGACAGAAAAUUUUGGUUCAACUUAAGAAAACGUCAAGAGCUUGUCAGAGAUGGAGAAGGAACUAACCACACACAGACUCUGACAUGAAAUGUGUGAAAUGCUUUAAUAAAUGCAUUUUAUUUAGUUGUCACUACCUUAUUUAGUUUGGAGACUAUGCUCAUUUCUUUUUUCUAUUUUUUAUUUUUUGAGAUUUUAUUUAUUUUUGCAGAGAAGAAUUGGGUUGUAAGUCAGAGGUGUGGGGGGAGGGGGCGAAAGGAUUCACCAGAGACAAGAGUGUGGAGCAGAAUAGGCAGAUCUACUGAAAUACACUGCUGAGGGGAGCAGCGGUGAGACAGGAGAGAGAGAGGUCUGCUGUGCCAUAUGUGGGUCAGCUCCCUGGUCGGGAUCGAACUCAGGCCAUAGUGGUAGGUAGUGCCGAGACUCAACCUUUAUUCCACCAGGGAGGCCACUCAUUUCCUUUUAAUUGAUACAGAAACUGAAGUUCAGAGAAGUUAAGAAAAUUGCCCAAAGUUACCCAGCAAGUAAGGAAGCAGACCCCCCAGGGAACCAAUUGACCUGUUUUCAUAUCUGGUGCUUUUCCCCCUGUGGUAACUAUCAGGUGUGUUU